AUGAGGAAGAGCAAGGAUGAUGCUCCACAUGAGCUGGAGAGCCAGUUCGUGCUGCGGAUACCGGGUGAAUAUGCCUCCACUGUGCGGCGAGCAGUACAGUCUGGGAAUGUCAACCUGAAGGACAGGCUCACCAUUGAGCUACACGCGGACGGGCGUCAUGGGAUUGUCCGUGUAGACCGGGUGCCCCUGGCAGCCAAGCUGGUAGAUCUGCCCUGCAUCAUCGAGAGCUUAAAAACUAUUGACAAGAAAACCUUCUAUAAGACAGCGGAUAUUUGCCAGAUGCUUGUUUGCACUGUGGAUGGUGAUCUCUACCCACCUUUGGAAGAGCAAACUGUAAGCACUGACCCCAAGGCAAACAAGAAGAAGGACAAGGACAAAGAGAAGAAAUUCAUCUGGAACCAUGGCAUCACUCUUCCCCUGAAAAAUGUACGCAAGAGACGAUUCCGGAAGACAGCCAAGAAGAAGUAUAUUGAGUCUCCUGAUGUGGAAAAAGAGGUGAAACGUCUCCUGAGCACAGAUGCUGAAGCUGUCAGUGUCCGCUGGGAAGUCAUUGCUGAAGAUGAAACAAAAGAAGUAGACAACCAUGGUUCGCUCACCAGCCUGGACAUCUCAUCCCCAGGGAUGUCAGGACAUAAGCAAGGCCAUGGCUCCUCAGAACACGAUGAACUGCGAGAGAUAUUUAAUGACAUCAGCAGCAGCAGUGAAGAUGAAGAUGAGAGAGAUCAUCACGAUGAUGAAGACCUGAACAUCAUGGACGCUGAGGAGGACUUGGAGAGGCAGCUGCAAGACAAGCUGAACGAGUCUGAUGGGCAGCAACAGGAGAACGAGGGGUCCAACCAGAUAGUCAUGGGGAUCCAGAAACAGAUUGACAACCUGAAAAGUAAACACCAGGAGACCCAGGACAGGAGGAAGCGCCAGGAAGAUCUCAUCAUGAAAGUGGAGAACCUAGCCCUGAAGACCCGUCUCCAGGCUGUGCUGGAUGAGUUCAAGCAGCAGGAAGAGCGAGAGAAGCAGCAGAUGAUGUCCCUGCAGGAGCAGCUGGAGUCCCUCAUGGAGAAGUGA